AUGGCGUUGACCACAGGGCCAUUGAUGGGUUUCUAUAAUUAUCGUUUGUCACCAGGGCCCGUGAAUGGAAGGAUCUCAACUUUCACGAGGGAGGAUAGAGGUAUAUAUUGUGUUUUUCUUUUGGAUAGUCCAAUAUCUCUUUCUGACUUGCUUCGAGUUUCAGAUAUUGCAAUUGAAUUCGAAUUCUAAGAUGAAAUCAUCAUCUACAUAUGCUACUGGUUUCAAUAACUUCUAACCCAUAAAAUAAGGCAAAUUUGUGUAAAAACUUGUGCUCUGAUUUAGGAUGUCAUACCCCUGCGCAUCCGAGCAACGGUGAGGUGCAUUUUCAAGAGAUUUUAUUUAUCUCGUGAUUAAGAAUAUUAUGGUGAAGCCCAUCAUAUGAAUUACCCACAAGGAGCUGGACGUUUUUUCAGCUAACUAUCAUGGAAUAUCACGAGGACUGUGACACCCAAUUGUUCUUCUUAAAUUCAACGUGCCUUUGACUUUAGAGAUAGAUGGGAGUUCUAGAUAAUUUCUGAAGAUCGUGAUGCAAUCCAGACAGGCAGAUACAUUCUCUCAGAGUUCCUCUUCAUACUGUCAUUUGUAAAUCCUUGAACAUGACUCCCUGAUUCCUAAUUAGUGAACAAUAUUGGAUUCACUAGUGCUCCCGUUUUAUGAAUUAGAAAGCAGCGAUGAUAUGGAUUAGUUGUCUGAAACAUGGCAUGGUUCACCUUUUCUAUAUUUUUAUAUCAUUUGGUUCCUUCUUGCCGUCAUAAAACGGAUAUGAGACAUGCAUUAAAAUUGAUUCUACUAAAAAAACGAUCCCCUUUUCUUUAUCUUGGUCACUGAUUUCUCAUCUACAAUCCAGGUUCCAUAUCCACUAUCCUCAAAGGAAGAUCAACUUCUUUUUCUCUGGUUUAUCGAAAUUUACUUGUCAAUGGCAACAAGUUCCCGAAGAAAGGAGUUAACGUCGUCUCCCCUACUACAUCCUUCAACACAACCCAGGAGAUACUCGAUGCAUAUGAAGAUGAAUAUGGUGGGGCCAUAAUAGACCAUGAGGGCUUGCCAUCGAGCGCUAAUGCAUUUUCUGCCGCCCUUCAGUCUUCUCUUUCUCUCUGGAAAUCAAAGGUAGGUUUAUAGAUCUCCUUUUUUCUGAAGGACUGAGAGUGAUGAUAUUCUGCGACGUUGUUCUCCCCCGAUUGAUUGGAUAAUAUUCUCUACCUGGUGUGAAAAUAUAGGGGAAAAGGGGCAUAUGGCUCAAGUUACCAGAAAAACGAGCUGAUCUUGUCCCAGUUGCUAUAAAGGUAGUUCUUUCCUUUUGUAUGAGAGAAUUGGACGAAGUUAUGCUUUUCCAAAGGUUGAAAUACAGCUGAAAUAUUAUGGUCUUUAUCCAACGUGACAAGAGAAUUGAAUGGAUACCCAGAGAGAAAGUCAUGCUUUCUGAGAACUCACAAAGUCUAUAGACCAAUGAGCCAAUAUAUUGACUAGUAAAGAGUCUUUCUUGCGGGAUAUUCGUCUGAAAUAAUUUUUUCUGUUAAAAACUCCUUGGAGAUUCCGUAGUAAUGAUCAAGUUUAUAUUUGUGCACUUAAAUUUGCACUUUUCGUCACAAGUCAAAGCACCAUUUUUGUACAAUUUUUAAAAUUUUGUGCCCAAAUUCAUUUAGGAAGGCUUCAAUUACCACCACGCUGAGCCCGGAUAUGUUAUGCUGACGUGCUGGAUCCCAGGAGGAGCCUGCAUGCUCCCUGCGACUGCGUCACAUCAAGUUGGCGUAGGGGCAUUCGUCAUGAAUGAAAACAGAGAGGUAUCGGUUUCAGAGGAAGAAGCGUCUUGACUUUUUUUUAAUGAGUAAAAAGUACUAUAAUCUAUAAAUUAGAUCAGUCUUGAUUAUGCAUGAAAUAUCUGCUCAUUUAAUGGCCGUUUUUUUUACAGCUUGGUCGUAACCCCUGGGAGCAAAAUAUUUACCAAAUUAGCUUCAUUUUUAGCAAAUGUUGACCUUCUAAGACCUGCAUUUAGUGGAUGAGAAAUAUCCACAUAAUUGGUAGAAAUAAAAUAAUAAUUGUGGUUUCAAUAUUGUUCUAAUUAAUUUUUUGGGUUCUACGAAAGACAUACAGGUUAAUUUAUUUAUUAUCAUUAUUUCAAAUUUUUAGGUACUUGUUGUCAAAGAGAAACUUUGCCCACGGAGGUGCUCGGGACUGUGGAAACUACCAACAGGCUUCAUUGAUAAGGUACCCGUGCUCGACCAUACGGCUAUAUUUUUUAAGCGAUCUUCUAUUUUUGUCCUUGAUUGGGAUCUCAUAGUUUAAUGAAAAUGAAAAGCUUCUGUUUCUUUUUCAAUUUUUUUUUUUCUAGGCUGAGGAAAUAUACUCUGGAGCAAUAAGAGAAGUGAAAGAAGAGACUGGUGUAAGAUGAAACUUUCUUCUCUCUCUCCUUUUUUUUUUUUUUUUUUUUUGUUUGGAGAUGAUUUUUCUCUGAUUUUUCCCCUCCUAAUUAAUCCUCCUCCCUCUUUAUUAAACAGAUAGACACCGUAUUCUUAGAAGUGGUUGCUUUCAGGUAAAUUAAACUCAAACCCUCUUCAAAGAAUUACCUCAUCUCUGAAUAGAUCGCUCAUCUAUGAUUUUUUCAGGUGCUCUCUCAUGACUUUAUUCGCUUCAAAACGUGUAAAUAAAGUUUCAUUUAAUCUUGUAGUAUUAUCGUAAUUUUCCAUUUUUAGGCAUGCCCACCUCGUUGCCUUUGAGAAAUCAGAUCUGUUCUUCAUGUGUGUGCUGCGGCCCAUAUCAUCUGAGAUCAAAAUCGACGAGAAGGAGAUUCAAGCUGCAAGGGUAAUAUUUUUCUAAAUUCUCAUUAAAUUUCUGCUUCCGAGUCUCUCUUGAUUAGCUUUUCUUACCAAUUUAGGAUUUUCUUUUCGCUCAGUGGAUGCCUUUUGGUAAUACCUUUCUCAAUUCUCAUUAAAUUUCUGCUGCCGAGUCUCUCUUGAUUAGCUUUUCUUACUGAUUUAGGAAAUUUUCUUUCCUCAGUGGAUGCCUUUUGUUAAUAUUUUUAUAAAUUCUGAUUAAAAUUUCUGCUCCCGAGUCUCUUUUGAUUAGCUUUUCUUACUCAUUUAUAAUUUUUUCUUCCCUCAGUGGAUGCCUUUUGGUGAAUUCAUCAGUCAGUCGUUCUAUCAAGAAGAUUCCAUGUUGAAGAAGGCGAUCGACGUCUCUCUUGCCAGAUGCGAGAACUACUACCAUGGAUUCACCGCCCACCGAGUGAUUUCCAAGUUUGACGAUCGACUUUCCUACCUUUAUUACCGAGAUUAG